AUUCCAAACUUAGUUUGAACUCAGAGCGUGCGGCGAGCGGUACGGUUCGGUCCAUCCGGUAUUUUGUAGAUUUUUUGGUCGCUUUUUUAAAACAAACCCACAGACAGGCGACACGUUUUUCGGUUUCCUGAACAAACCACCCAACCCAUUCGAUUCGAAAAGAGUAUAAUAGACCCACGUGUGUUAUAAUAUACCUUAUCGGUUCUGAAUAUACAGCCCCGGCGACAAAUGUGUGUGUUUGUGUACUGAAGAGCAGUGAAAUAAGUGAAGCGCCGAACAAAACAGAACUGAAAUCGGAAAACAACACAGAAAACCAUGUGGACUGAAACGAACUGAACUGUAUUCGAAGCUCCACGCUGGCACAGUGUGCUGAUAAAGAAGAAAACCGGAGAAAAGUACAAGAAAACCCCGAUAAAAGCAAUGGACUAGUGGACAUAUAACCCAACCAAACCAAAAAAUCGAAAAAGUACCCUAAACAGUAGAAAACCCAAAGGGUUUUAAGAACAACCCGUAAAGCAAACCUAAAAAUAUUUAAAAAUGGCGCGCGUUCAGGCCAGCGAUUCGCUGAUACCCCGCCAGGUGUUCGAGGUUCCUCCGGCGGAACCCAAUAAUUCCACGGCGGACAGCGGGAGUCAGGGUUCCGGGGUGAAGCUGAAGAAACAGAUCGGCCUGCUGGACGGAGUGGCCAUCAUCGUGGGCGUCAUCGUGGGAUCCGGCAUCUUCGUGAGUCCCAAGGGAGUGCUCAGGUUCUCCGGCUCCAUCGGCCAGUCCCUCAUCGUCUGGGUCCUCAGCGGAGUGCUCAGCAUGGUGGGAGCCCUAUGCUAUGCGGAAUUGGGCACGAUGAUACCCAAAUCGGGAGGAGAUUACGCUUAUAUAGGGGCUGCAUUUGGCCCUCUGCCCGCGUUCCUUUAUCUGUGGGUGGCCCUGCUGAUUUUGGUGCCCACGGGCAAUGCCAUCACGGCGCUAACCUUUGCCCAAUAUCUGCUGAAACCUUUCUGGCCCUCCUGCGAAGCGCCCAUCGGAGCGGUUCAGCUGCUGGCGGCUGCCAUGAUAUGUGUGCUGACGCUUAUCAAUUGCUACAACGUGAAGUGGGUUACACGUGUGACGGACAUCUUUACGGGCACCAAGGUGCUGGCCCUCCUGGUGAUCGUCGGCGCCGGAGUCUGGUGGUUGUUCAAAGGAAACACGGAGUACUGGGAGAAACCCUUCUCCGGAGGCUUUCACACGCCCGGCUACAUAGCUUUGGCCUUUUAUAGUGGCCUCUUUUCGUACUCCGGCUGGAACUAUCUAAACUUCGUCACCGAGGAGCUGAAGGAUCCCUACCAAAAUCUUCCCAAGGCCAUUUGCAUCUCUAUGCCGGUGGUCACGAUCAUCUACACAAUCACGAACAUUGCAUACUUUUCGGUGCUCUCGCCGGACGAGAUUCUAUCGUCGGACGCAGUGGCGGUCACUUUUGGUGACAAGAUGCUCGGCUGUUUGUCCUGGAUUAUGCCUUUCGCCGUGGCAUGCGCUACUUUUGGCUCAUUGAACGGAGCGAUCUUCGCCUCCUCGCGACUGUUCUUCGUAGGUGCUAGGAAUGGUCACCUGCCGGCAGCCAUUUCGCUGAUCAACGUCUAUUGCCUGACGCCUGUGCCAUCCCUAAUAUUCCUGGGCGUUCUCACCUUGCUACUGCUGUUCAUCAAUGACAUCUAUGUGCUGAUCAACUACGUUAGCUAUGUGGAGGCGCUGUUCACACUGAUCUCGGUGUCCGGACUGCUGUGGAUGCGUUACACCCAACCCAAAACGGAGCGACCCAUCAAAGUCAGUUUAGUGCUGCCCAUCAUCUACCUGAUCGUCUGCCUGUUCCUGGUCAUCUCAUCGUGCGCGCAGGAGCCCUUCGUGGUGGGAGUAGGGACGAUCAUCAUCCUGUCUGGCGUCCCCGUCUACUAUCUGACAAUUCACAAUCCGGUCAAGUGGCUGGCGGACACCUCGCAGACCAUAAACCUGUGGUGCUCCAAGUUCUUCAUCUGUAUGCCCAACCAGGAGAAGUUUGACUAGGAACGCAGGACUCUACGAUUGGAGUGGAGGGAGUGCCUUUUGUGAAUGUAUCGAUCAACGCAACUAUCGAAGGAAAUAUCUUGUAGUUAGCCUAAGUCUCAAUUUGCCAGUAAGAUAGGUUAGCAACGCGAAAUUUUGGAAACCUACGCACAACAUUACAAAAGUGUUAUUGUAAAUAACUCAAAUGCAUUCUGGUAGGGAAGUCCCUGCUCAAUUUAUUAUUAUGAAUAUUUGCUAAUUUUAUUACUACUGUAUAUUUCACCCCAAAAAUGAGUUCCUCGUCAAAAGCAGAAAGUUGAGACACGAAAAACAUGUCUACUAUACAAAAUGCGAACCAAUUUUUACAUAUUAUACAAGUAAUUAGGAGCUUAUUUAGUAAGUUAUAAUUAUUAUUGAAGCAACUUUUGCGAAAUGUAAAAAUCGAAUUUGUUUUGUAUAAGAAAGUUAAU